CGGGGUCUGUGCCCGGGGCGGGCGUGGUGCGAGAGAGGAGAUGGCGCCGGCGGUGUCCAGGCUGCGGUCCGAGGUCGGGGUCGGGGCGCUCCCGCGGCGGGCGCUCGCCCAGUACCUGCGCCUCUUGCGGCUGUACCCAGUGCUCACCAAGGCGACUACGAGUGGUUUUUUAUCAGCACUUGGGAACUUCCUGGCCCAGCUGAUAGAGAAGAAGCGGAAAAAAGAAAACAGCUCGCAAAAUCUAGAUGUCAGUGGGCCUCUCAGAUAUGCCAUUCACGGGUUCUUCUUCACAGGGCCACUGAGUCACUUCUUCUACCUCUUCAUGGAGCUCUGGAUCCCCUCUGAGGUUCCGUUGGCAGGAGUCAAGAGGCUCCUUCUGGACCGCCUCGUCUUUGCCCCAGCCUUCCUGUUGUUGUUCUUCCUCGUCAUGAACUUGCUAGAGAGAAAAAACAUGGCCGCCUUUUCCACUAAGAUGAGAAGAGGCUUCUGGCCAGCGCUGCAGAUGAACUGGAAAGUCUGGACUCCGCUGCAGUUUAUUAACAUCAACUAUGUCCCUUUGCAGUUCCGUGUGCUUUUUGCCAACCUGGUGGCUCUGUUCUGGUAUGCCUACCUGGCCUCUCUGGGCAAGUGA